AUGAUCUUGAGAACCGAGAAAAAUCAGACUUAUUGGGUGCCAAUUUAUUCGAUCAACGAUUUAUCGAAAAACUUGUUACCUUUGGCAAUUUUCGAGAUUUUUCUUCAUGUUUUUACGGGGAUUAUGACGGUACGAUGUGUUAUUGUUUUGUCAAGAAGUCGUUUGGUGCAUUUCAAUAUGAGUCUUAUAAUUUGCACAUUUUGGUGUCAAUGGGCAGAAGCUUUUAUCGGAAAAAUGAUCAUAAUUCAAUUUCAAUACGGGUUUUUAACAUUGAAUGGUAAGAUAUCCCUUGUGAAUCAAAAAAUUAUUUAAAUAUUUUUUUAAAUAGAUCUUAAUCGCGGUUAUUAUUCCUGGUGGUCAUUUAUCGAUUCAAAUAUCCUAAAAGUCACAAAUCUUCAAUCUUUAACAAUAAUUUAUAUUUAUUCCUUGUUACAGUGGCAUUAUAUUUAUACAAUGUUAAUUGGAAUUGGAGGGGUUAUGGUUGAAAGGGGAUUUGCAACGUUCUAUAUAAAGUAUAUGGGGUUUUCAAAUUAAAAAAAAACCGUUUUUUUGCAGUGACUACGAAAAAAGGUCUAGACUUCAUAUCCCGUUAUUUGUAAUUAUCGUAACUCAUAUGAUUUCAAUGCCUUUGUCGUGGUUUUCAACAUACACAGAAAUCAAUUUAGUUUGCAGUUUCACAAUUCUUUUUACAACAAUGAUCAUUAUGUUUUUGGUAAGUGAAGCAAAGCAGAUGUUAAUUUAAAAAAAAUACCUCAAAAAAUUAAUUUAUUUUCAGCUUUAUUGUGUAGUUUUGAGAUCAAACAUUCGUUUGAAAUCAAUGAUGGAGAAAACAUCAAAUAAUCACCUAUAUUCUUUGGCUCAGAAAUUCCAAGUUAAAGAAAAUCUUCGAUCUCUAAAUAUGAUUAGGAAAUUUGUAAUUAUAAUAUUCUUCUAUGUGGUGUUUGCGGGAUUGAUUCUUCUCACUUUGAUUUUGGGUUGGACACCAGAAAUCGGGUUGAGUCAUGUUUUUGAGAAUAUGAUAACUUUGUGAGUUAACCAACCACUCAGGUUUUUUCAAAAAAAUUCUACAGGAAUCCAUUUUUUCUGAGUUCUGCAUUGAUGUAUUGUUCACCUACGUGGCACAACAAAUAUUGGAGUUUUUUGCCCUAUCGAAAAUGUUGUGUGAUUCCUGAAGUUGAAAAUUUGAAGCUGAACUUUGACGAAGAGGCUAACGUAUAUUUCGGGCAGCUUAAAAAAGCUUGGAUUUGA